AUGGCUCCUGCGGCUCCUUCAAUCUCUUGUGCUCUUGUCACAGGUGGGGGUGGAGGAAUUGGCAAGGCCUUUUCUGCCUAUCUCAUUUCCAAAGGAAUAAAAGUCAUUAUAGCCGGUCGAACUCGUUCAAAGUUGGAAAGUACAACACGUGAGAUUGGUGCAGCCGCCUUCUAUACACUCGACACUGGUGACAUCGACUCAAUCCCGAAAUUCGUCUCAAAAGUCACGCGUGAGCAUCCUGAUCUAGACUGUCUGGUCAACAACGCUGGCGUUCAACGUCCUCUCCAAGUCUCUGAGAUGCCAGCACCCGAAUUUCUUGAGAAAGCCGACCAAGAAAUCGAUAUCAACAUCCGCGGCCCAAUACAUCUCACUCUAGGACUCUUCGAGCAUUUUCGAUCGAAGCAGGCGGCGACGGUUAUCAAUCUAUCAUCCGCACUGGGGUUCAUGCCAUACUCCGUGAUCAAUCCAGUCUAUAAUGCCACCAAGGCUUGGGUGCAUUUCUGGACGAUGAAUCUGCGUACUCAAAUCGAAUAUUCUGGUUUAGGAAAAACGAUCAAGGUCAUCGAAAUCGCCCCCCCAGCUGUCGAGUCUGAUCUGCACCGUGAACGGGAUGAUCCCGAUGACAACAAAAAGACCAACAACGGUAGUGUUCUCAGUGUGUAUGAGUUCAUGGCUGCGGUUUCAAAACAGAUGGAGAACGGGGAGGAAAUGAUUACAACUGGGGCUGGCAAGCAGCUUGUUGAUCUGUGGUACCAGGCGUACGGGGAUAGGUAUAAGCAGGCUACCAACUAG